AUGACCUCAGUUUCAACAUAGUUGCCCUUAGUUCUCAUGUCUCUUUUGAUGCUGCCUGUUGUUGAAGCAGAAGAAGCCAGUGAUGUAAUCGCUCUCUUGUUAGGUGUGGUUCUCAGCAUUACAGGCAUUUGUGCUUACUUGCAGGUAUUUGCACUAGAAAGAUAUGGACACAUGUGA